GAUUUGACAGUUGCAGGUCUCUAGCUGAUCCUUCAGUUGACUUCCUCAGUGGGGUCGAGACAGAGACGAUGGCGGCGGCUGCCUGCAGCCAGCACACCGCUGUCACUACCGCCACCGUUAGUGGCAAAAAACCGCAUGCUAACAGAGAACAUAGCCGGAGGAACCGUGAGAACUCUCGACGGAGACAAGCGGCUCUUUUGUUUCUCAGUAACAUCUCCCUGGACGGACGGCCGGUCCAGAGUAAUUCUGCUGAAAAUCAAGGAACCCGCCACCACAAACACAACGACUCGGAGGGAGCAGACUCCAGCUCUGCGGCGGGGGCUGCAGCCGGUUUGUGUCCGGAUAACAACAACAGUAGUAGCUACGGGACAUUCUCUAAUGUACCAGCUUCCGUAAGCAGCGGGACAGCCACUCAUUCCGCGGCACCGAGAACGGGACUCACCACCGUGCCGCCGAUUCUCGUCCUGCCGUCGGACACGGGCUUCAACGAUGUGGGGAGCACCGAGGUGUUGCUGGAGUGUCGCAGAGGCUCGUUUCCUUCCUCCGGUAACAGUAACCUGCUCUCGGCGUCCCCGUCCAACACCAGCCUGCUGCCGUCGCCGGUGGGACCGCGGAAGUCGUCCACUUUGCUGUCGGUUCAAAGCUGUAACUCGGUGUCCUCAGAGCCGCGACAAAGAACUCGUAACCUCUCCGGUGGUUCUCCCAGACCUCGACACACCAAGAAGAUUCAUUUCAUCAAAAAUAUGAAACAGUACGACACAAGAGGCAGCAGAAUCGUGCUCAUCUGUGCUAAGAGGUCUCUGUGUGCUGCCUUUUCUGUUCUUCCCUACGGAGAGAGCUUCUACCUCAGUGAUCCUUCAUUAAAUCACCCCAGGAGGAGACACUCGUCUGGAAACAUCUCUACCACCCUGGAAAUGCUGCCGGGGCUAGAGGGUUUUCACCUGGACACCUAUGGCAGGUCUGUGUCAUACGCACAGUUCCUGUACCCCACUAACGCGCUGGUGAGGCAGAAGCCGUCGUCUGCCAGCGACCUGACACUGCAGAUUCCCGUUUCCAGGAGCACACACAGCAUUCCAGGCAGGAGCUACCCGCCCAGCCGGCUGAACAGCACUGUGGGACUGGAUCUGGGUGUGGAGGAUGUGAUGGAUUAUGACCCCAACCUGCUCAGUGACCCCCAGUGGCCUUGUGGCAAACACAAACGAGUGCUGAUCUUCGCCUCUUACAUGACGACAGUUAUAGAAUAUGUCAAACCGUCUGAUCUGAAGAAAGAUAUGAACGAGACUUUUAAGGAAAAGUUUCCUCACAUUAAACUCACCCUCAGCAAAAUCCGAAGCCUGAAGAGAGAGAUGAGAAUGGUCGGGGAGGACUGCGGCCUGCAGCCCGUCACCCUUGCGAUGGCAUACGUCUACUUUGAAAAGCUGGUGCUGCAGGGGCGACUCAACAAGCAGAACAGGAAGUUGGUCUCAGCUGCAUGCAUCCUAUUGGCAGCUAAGAUCAGCAGUGACCUCAAGAAACAGGAAGUCAAACAUCUCAUUGACAAGCUGGAGGAGCGUUUCAGGAUCAGCAGGAGGGACCUCAUAUCAUUCGAGUUCACCAUCCUGGUCGCCCUGGAGAUGGCGCUCUACCUCCCAGAGAGCAAAGUCAUGCCACAUUACAGACGGUUGGUGCAGCAGCAGCAGGUAUAGCAGUGCCUGGCUUAGCAGCACUGCAGCACACUUCUCUGCCUCUGCAGAGAACCUCAGCACCUUCGAGCUCCAGCACUGUGAUGGAUCAGUUCUCAUGAUGCCUGGCUCAAAGGCUCAGAGGCCACCCAGAAAUCAUCCUCCUCUCUGUGCCCUACAUCAGACUUCAGCCACACUGUCGUGGCAGCAAACGGCUCAAAGACGUCACAGCAGAGAAAGAGUUCACUUCCUCUCCUCUGUGAAAAACCAAAGUGAUCACACACUGUGACUGACGGUUCAGUGACUGGAGGUCAAAUCCAUCACAACCCCUCAAAAUCAUGUCUCACGUAAAGGAGGAUUCAGGUUUUCUUCCUCCAGCAUUAUUUUUAUAGUGUAGGCCAUCAUAACUGUGGGUUUAAGAUGUGCAAAAAUUGUACAUGUAAAAAGAAAAACAAAAAACAGAGUGUGCACCUCGAAAAACAACAACAAAAGACAAAAAACAAAAAAGACAGAGGGAGAAAUUUACUUCUAACAAAACCAGAACUGUCUGACUUUCUAAAAGCCUUUCUCUAAACUCUGUUUUUUAGGUUCUUUAUUUUAGCUUUAUUAGAAAUAUUACGAGUAACACUGACAGCCACAUGCAUCAUGCAUCAGAUAAUCAUAUUUUUUAUGCCUGAAAGUAGUGCUGAGUGUUUUCAGCGACUGUAGCUCAGAUAUAAACCGUUAUGAGGAUGCUGCCAGUGACUGAAAAAGGCUGUGAGUUCUGUUUUUGAGAAGAGAAGCACUGUGGUUUCUUUUCUGGUUUGCUUCUGCUUUAUCCUUUAUGCUCAGACUUCAUGAAAUAAAUUUAUUGCAUGAAGUAUAAAUUUUUUUUCAAGCAGUCCAUCUGACUGCUUUUGAGUUAUCAGCCUGUAUUUGUUUUAUAAGGUUUAUCCUGCCCUGUUAUCAGGAUAUUUGCUCUCACACUCUCCGUUUCUGUGUCAUUUCUAAGCAUGAGCCAGCUUUACAUUCAAUGAUCUGUAUUCUGGCUUCAUGCCGUUCAGAGAGUGCAGAGGUCCUUUUGAACGAAGCUGUGAUGGGGGUUAGUGUUGGUACACAGAGCCCUCUAAAACAGAUGAGACAAACACUGCUGUGAUGCUCACUGUUCUCCAGUUGGUUUGCUUCUUUAAGGUAAAAUCAGCACUUUGCCCCAGAGUCUGUUUGUUGUGGUCUGCAGUUAAAGGCUGUCUCACUGCAGUUUUUGCAUUCGCUCCAGUUUUUGGAAUACGUGUCAGAAACAAGCAGCAACACAACUACAAACCACAGAUGAGACUGAUCUGGUUAAUAAUAGGAAGACGCACAAAGCGCUGAGUGUAACACUGCAGUUCACAGAAUGCACAUCAGAAUUUGUUAGGGUGUUAUUUUUGUGCCUCUAUUCUGAGCCCACGUAAAAAAAAUUUGCAAGCGCAAAUGUUGCAUUUUGAGCAAAGAAAAUUCAUUGCUGCGUGCAAGAAAUGUAUCUCAGUGUUUGCUGUUAUCCAUAUAUACACACACAAUAACAGCCCCUCUCGGUCAGUUGUUGGCAUUUGCUCUUGCUCAGAUCUCUGCUCUGUGUGUUGACAGACAUCUGCAGACCUGCUCUCAGUGUGUCGUUUGCACUCACAACAUCUCUGCUUCAUGCACGCUCGAUAAUAAUGCCAUAAUUUGUCUGUCACAUUAAAUAUGGAGCCUUAACAGAUACUUAACAUCUUGUUAAGUUGCAGUUCAAUUCAAUUCAAUUUUAUUUAUAUAGCGCCAAAUCACAACAGUCACCUCAAGGCGCAUUAUAUUGUACAGUAGAUCGUACAAUAAUAGAUACAGAGAAAAACCCA